AACCCUAGGCUUAUCGGUGGGUCUCACAGCUGAUUUGUCUUUCUCUUUUCUUUGUGUCCCUGGGCAGGUUGAUGGCCUUGACAUUCCCCAGGGAUGUAUGCAGUGUACAGACAAGCCCACCCCCCAACGGGGGUGGAGUUCUCCAUGUACUGCAACUUCUUCUCCAACGCGGAGCGCAACCUGGUAGUGGCAGGAACAUCUCAGCUCUAUGUGUACAGGCUCAACCAUGACUCAGAGCCCUCCACUAAAGGAGACAGGAACACAGCCCAUGCAGAGGGCAAAGGCCACAAGGAGAAGCUGGAGCUGGUGGCCUCCUUCUCUUUCUUUGGGAAUGUCAUGUCCAUGGCCAGCGUGCAGCUGGCGGGAGCCAAGAGGGACGCUCUGCUGCUCAGCUUCAAGGAUGCCAAGCUCUCGGUGGUGGAAUACGACCCUGGCACCCAUGACCUGAAGACCCUCUCCCUCCAUUACUUUGAGGAGCCUGAGCUAAAGGAUGGCUUUGUGCAGAACGUUCACAUCCCCAAGGUGCGGGUGGAACCGGACGGGCGCUGUGCGGUCAUGCUGAUCUACGGCACGCGCCUGGUGGUGCUGCCUUUCCGGAGAGAGACCCUGACGGACGAGCACGAGGGGGUCAUGGGAGAGGGCCAGAAAUCAAGUUUCCUGCCCAGCUAUAUCAUUGAUGUGCGGGAGCUGGAUGAGAAGCUGCUCAACAUCAUCGACAUGCAGUUCCUGUAUGGCUACUAUGAGCCCACCCUGCUCAUCCUGUUCGAGCCCAACCAGACCUGGCCGGGGCGGGUGGCUGUGCGCCAGGACACAUGCAGCAUCGUGGCCAUCUCUCUGAACAUCAUGCAGAAGGUCCAUCCGGUCAUCUGGUCCCUCAGCAACCUGCCUUUCGACUGCACGCAGGCCCUGGCUGUGCCCAAGCCAAUAGGAGGCGUGGUGAUCUUCGCGGUUAAUUCUCUGCUGUAUCUGAACCAGAGUGUCCCGCCAUACGGAGUGUCCCUCAACAGCCUGACCACUGGGACCACGGUGUUCCCCCUGCGCAUUCAGGAUGGAGUGAAGAUCACGCUGGACUGUGCGCAGGCGGCAUUCAUCUCCUAUGACAAGAUGGUGAUCUCGCUGAAAGGAGGGGAGAUCUACGUCCUGACCCUCAUCACGGAUGGGAUGAGAAGCGUCCGCUCCUUUCAUUUCGACAAGGCAGCAGCCAGCGUCCUCACCACCUGUAUGAUCACAAUGGAGCCAGGUUACCUGUUUCUGGGCUCGCGGCUCGGUAACUCCCUCCUCCUCAAGUACACGGAGAAGCUGCAGGAGCCCCCCAUGAAUGUCGCCAAGGACCCGACCGACAAGCAGGAGGAGCCCCCUGUCAAGAAGAAGAAGUCGGAGUCAUCCGGGAACUGGGCUGGGGGGAAGUCGGCCCCACAGGAUGAGGUGGAUGAGAUCGAGGUGUACGGCAGUGAGGCCCAGUCCGGGACCCAGCUGGCCACUUACUCCUUUGAGGUGUGCGACAGCAUCCUCAACAUUGGGCCCUGUGCCAACGCAGCCAUGGGGGAGCCCGCCUUCCUGUCCGAGGAGUUUCAGAACAGCCCGGAGCCAGACCUGGAGAUCGUGGUUUGUUCAGGCUACGGGAAGAACGGGGCCCUUUCUGUCCUGCAGAAAAGCAUCCGCCCCCAAGUGGUGACGACUUUUGAGCUGCCCGGCUGCUACGACAUGUGGACCGUGAUCUCGCCCCAGAAGAAGGAAGAGGACGAGAGUGCCAAAGGGGAGAGUGCAGAGGAGCCCAGCCCCCCUGAACCUGAGGACGAUGGCAAGAGACAUGGGUUCCUGAUCCUGAGUCGCGAGGACUCCACCAUGAUCCUGCAGACGGGUCAGGAGAUCAUGGAGCUGGACACGAGUGGGUUUGCCACACAGGGGCCCACUGUGUUCGCUGGCAACAUCGGAGAGAACCGCUACAUCGUGCAGGUGUCGCCCCUGGGCAUCCGGCUGCUGGAAGGAGUGAAUCAGCUGCACUUCAUCCCUGUGGACCUGGGCUCCCCCAUCGUGCACUGCGCCGUGGCCGACCCCUACGUGGUGAUCAUGAGCGCCGAGGGCCAGGUGACCAUGUUCGUGCUGAAGAGCGACACGUACGGGGGCAGGACGCACCGGCUCACCCUGCAGAAGCCCCAGCUGCACCACCAAUCCAAGGUGAUCGCGCUGUGCGUGUACCGUGACGUCAGAGGCAUGUUCACCACGGAGAGCAGGACAACCAGCUCCAGGGACGAGCUCUCCCUCAGGAGCCACUCUGAGGUGGAGACCGUCAUCCAGGACAUCAGUAACACGGUGGACGACGAGGAGGAGAUGCUCUAUGGGGACUCCAGCACGCUCUUCAGCCCCACCAAGGAGGAGCCGCGCCGCAGCAGCCUCCCACUGACUGACAGGGACCCCCACCAGUACAAAGUGGAGCCCACGCACUGGUGUGUGCUGGUGCGGGAGAACGGAGCCAUGGAGAUCUAUCAGCUGCCUGACUGGCGCCUGGUGUUCCUGGUGAAGAACUUACCCAUGGGCCAGCGGGUGCUGGUGGACAGCUCGUUCGGGCAGCCCGCGGCCCAGGGUGAUGCCAAGAAGGAGGAGGUGACGCGGCAGGGGGAGAUGCCCCUGGUGAAGGAGGUCCUGCUGGUCGCACUGGGCAAUCGGCAGAGCCGGCCGUACCUGCUGGUUCACGUGGACCAGGAGCUGCUGAUUUACGAGGCUUUCAGCCACGACUCCCAGCUGGGCCAGAGUAACCUGAAAGUCCGGUUUAAGAAGGUCCCCCACAACAUCAACUUCCGGGAGAAGAAGCUGAAACUGUCCAAAAAGAAAUCGGAGAGCGCAGGGGGCGAGGAGUCGGGGGGUGCGCGGGGGCGGGUCGCCCGCUUCCGCUACUUCGAGGACAUCUACGGCUACUCAGGGGUGUUCAUCUGUGGGCCCUCCCCUCACUGGCUGCUGGUGACGGCCCGGGGGGCCCUGCGCCUGCACCCCAUGACGAUUGACGGCUUGAUUGAGUCCUUUGCUCCCUUCCACAACGUCAACUGCCCCAAGGGCUUUCUCUAUUUCAACCGGCAGGGGGAGCUGCGGAUCAGUGUCCUGCCUGCGUACCUGUCCUACGACGCUCCGUGGCCUGUGAGGAAGAUCCCGCUGCGCUGUACCACGCACUACGUGGCUUAUCACGUGGAGUCCAAGGUCUACGCUGUGGCCACCAGUGUCGUGAACCCCUGCACCCGCAUCCCCCGCAUGACAGGAGAGGAGAAGGAGUUUGAGAGCAUCGAGCGGGACGAGCGCUACAUCCACCCGCAGCAGGAGGCCUUUUCCAUCCAGCUGAUCUCGCCCGUGAGCUGGGAGACCAUCCCCAACACCCGGAUCGAGCUGGAGGAGUGGGAGCAUGUGACCUGCAUGAAGACGGUGUCGCUGAAGAGUGAGGAAACGGUGUCGGGGCUGAAGGGUUACAUUGCCGCCGGCACAUGUCUCAUGCAGGGCGAGGAGGUGACCUGCCGCGGCCGGAUCCUCAUCAUGGACAUCAUUGAGGUGGUGCCGGAGCCAGGACAACCGCUCACCAAGAACAAGUUCAAGGUGCUGUAUGAGAAGGAGCAGAAGGGCCCGGUGACGGCCCUCUGCCACUGCCACGGCUACCUGGUGUCGGCCAUCGGCCAGAAGAUUUUCCUGUGGAGCCUGAAGGACAACGACCUGACGGGCAUGGCCUUCAUCGACACGCAGCUCUACAUCCACCAGAUGAUCAGCGUCAAGAACUUCAUCCUGGCGGCCGACGUCAUGAAGAGCAUCUCGCUGCUGCGCUACCAGGAGGAGAGCAAGACGCUGUCGCUCGUCAGCCGGGAUGCCAAGCCCUUGGAGGUGUACAGCGUGGACUUCAUGGUGGACACCGACCAGCUGGGCUUCCUGGUGUCGGAUCGCGAUCGCAACCUCAUGGUCUAUAUGUAUCUGCCUGAAGCCAAGGAGAGCUUCGGUGGGAUGCGGCUGCUGCGCAGGGCCGACUUCCACGUGGGCGCCCACGUCAACACCUUCUGGAGGACGCCCUGCCGCUGGGCCACCGAUGGUGGCACCAAGAAGUCCAAUGCCUGGGAGAGCAAGCACAUCACCUGGUUCGCCACGCUGGACGGUGGGAUCGGCCUCCUCCUGCCCAUGCUGGAGAAGACCUACCGGCGCCUGCUGAUGCUGCAAAACGCCCUCACCACCAUGCUGUCGCACCAUGCCGGCCUCAACCCCCGAGCCUUCAGGAUGCUGCAUGUGGACCGCCGGAUCCUGCAGAACGCCGUCCGCAACAUCCUGGAUGGGGAGCUGCUGAGCCGUUAUCUCUACCUCAGCGCCAUGGAGCGCAGCGAGCUGGCCAAGAAGAUUGGCACCACACCAGACAUAAUCCUGGAGGACUUGCUGGAAAUCGACCGCGUCACGGCUCAUUUCUAACGGACACUGGGCGGAUGGGGCCAGCGCCUGCCCCAGCUCUUGUAAAUUCCUUGGCAUCUGGGCCUGGCUUUGUACGAACUGGGGGGGUUUGUGAAGAAAAAGCACAACGUG